UGCCGAAGCCUGAGGAAGUUUCCCUUGAAUAAUUCAGCUUUUUCAACGAUGAAAAUUCAAACAACCUUCAAGGACUCUACUUGUCAUCUCUCUCAUUCUCUUGUCUAUAUCUCAAUAUUACCUCUUCAUUACAAAGUUUUAAUCUUUUUGUGUUUGGUAGCUAUAAUCCAAAAACCACCACCAUGAUGAGGAUUUGUGUUUUCGGGUUUUUCUUGUUGUUCUUCGUUCUUUCUCCAGUCUCCGCCGGUUUCUAUCCCAACUCUUCAGUCGUUCCGCCCGAACUCAUCCGUAACGCCACUGGAAACCUCUGGAACUCUUUCUUGAAUUUCACCGGAUGUCAUGCCGGCAACAAAUACGAUGGUCUCUACAAGCUUAAACAAUAUUUCCAACAUUUUGGUUACAUCCCCGAAACUUUCUCCGGAAACUUCACUGAUGACUUCGACGAUAUCCUCAAGAACGCCGUCGAGAUGUACCAGAGAAACUUCCGGCUAAACGUCACCGGAGUACUUGAUGAGCUCACUCUCAAACAAGUCGUGAUCCCACGUUGCGGAAACCCCGACGUAGUCAACGGCACCUCAACUAUGCAUAGCGGUAGAAGAACCUACGAGGUCUCCUUCUCCGGGGGAGGCCAACGUUUCCACGCCGUCAAACGCUACUCUUUCUUCCCCGGAGAGCCACGGUGGCCGAGACAUCGCCGUGAUCUAACCUACGCGUUCAACCCACGAAACAUGUUGACCGAAGAGGUAAAGACGGUGUUCUCACGCGCCUUCGCUCGUUGGGCGGAGGUAACACCCCUUACGUUCACACGCGUGGAGAGUUUCUCGAACUCCGACAUCUUCAUCGGGUUCUACUCCGGCGAACACGGUGACGGAGAACCAUUCGACGGUCCGAUGCGAACGCUGGCUCACGCGUUCUCGCCCCCGACCGGACACUUCCACCUCGACAGAGAAGAGAACUGGAUCAUCUCCGGGGAAGGCGGCGACGGUGUUAUCUCCGUGCCUGAGGCUGUUGAUCUUGAAUCCGUGGCUGUUCACGAGAUCGGACAUCUUCUCGGGCUAGGCCAUUCCUCGGUCGAAGGUUCGAUCAUGUACCCAACUAUCAUGACGGGGAAGCGUAAGGUUGACUUAACGACCGAUGACGUGGAAGGAGUCCAGUAUUUGUACGGUGAGAAUCCUAACUUCAACGGUUCUAUAUCUCCUCCAUCACCGUCCACUCAACAGCGAGACACGGGUGAAUCCGGUGAUGCUAGUAGAAUCGACGGCUCUAGAUUGGUUUUGACUAGUCUACUACUUCUCUCUACCGUUGGAUUGUUUUUGUAUUUAGUGUAGAUUAAAUUAGUCAGAUUAUGACACGAUUUAUUCCUUCUCUUUCUUAGAUUUGUUCUUCAUUCAUGCAUAGUUUCUAUUU